AUGGGCAAAAAGAACAAAGGGAAAAAAGGAAAUCCUAAUAAAAAGCAACGAGAAAAAAACAAAGGAAGAAGAAAUCUUGACCAAAUUGCCUGGAAAACUGAGUUUUUUAAGCUGUCACAGCAGCUUAGGCCGUUCAAUCUACACAUCAGAGAAAUUACAGGAGACGGAAAUUGCUUGUUCAGAGCAAUAAGUGAUCAGCUGACUGGCGAAGAGAGUGCUCAUGAAAUUUAUCGAAAUAUGGCUGUAGAAUUUAUGAUUGAGAAUCGCCCUGACUUUGAGCCUUUUAUAGAAGAUGAUAAAAAAUUUGAUGAAUAUAUAGCUAAUAUGAGAAAACUUUCUGUGUGGGGCGGAAAUUUAGAAAUUCAAGCUUUAUCGCUAGCUUUGGCAGUGAAUAUAAAAAUCCACAUGCUAGGGCAGCCAAUUUGGGAAGUCCGAAAUCAUGAUGAUUCUGUGAAAACUAUUCAUUUGUCAUAUCAUGACGGAGACCAUUAUAAUAGCGUUAGACUUAUAGGUGAUGAUACUCAUGAACCUGCUAGAUCAAUACCAGACGUAUUAAGAACAGUCAAAAGCCUUGAACAAGCUACGGACGAAACUUGAAAUGAUGCAGUUGAGUAUGCAUCCUUAAUUUUAUAUGAGGAAAAUAAAAAUUUAAUCAAAAGAGUCCUUAUCGAGAGAUUUCAUGAGGCGCCCAGCAUUGAUGCUAUUAAUGAAUUUCAUGGAAGCUUAAUCAAUGAUGUGGCUCAAGCUAAAAAGUUUGGGUUUACCAGAGAAGAAACAAAAGAAGAAGUAAAAGAGCCUGAGCCACCAAAGCUGCAAGAAAAAAAAUCCAAAAAAAGCUUAGCUUUAGGGAUGAAGCCAGCUAAGUUGCCCUCAAAUAACGAAAAAUGCUGAUGUGGGUCAAAUAAAAAAUAUAAAGCCUGCUGUAAAGCUUCAGACAGCUUUAGAGAGUCCGAGCCAGAAAAAAUCAUAGAAAAGCUUGAAACCUUACAAAUCUAA